GUCUCCCCGCCCCGGUCGCGCAGUCUCGCGAGAGUUGGGGGUAAACAGCCCCGAAUGGAGACGCGAGGCGUGUUCGCGGUGGAGGUGCCGUUAUCCCGGGACCGCGGGACCCGAGCUUGAGGCGGCAGCAGACGGCUCACAACUCCCAGAGGGACCGCCCGCCUUGCCGGACUGUGGUUCUGUGCUGCAGAUGGAGUGGAGGACUCAGUUGUCUGGCCCAGAGUGACAGGAGCCUGAGGCCCAAGAUGGAGAAGAAACGAAGAAAGAAAUGAAAGCCUCUUUCCAGGCCAAACCACAGAAGGCCAUGAAAUUUAACUUUUAUUUACGUUGGACAAGACUGUAAAGUGGCUGAUCAGUAAUGUUUCAGCUUUUGGCCGAAACAAAAAUUAACUUAUAAUCAAGAAAGAAAAAAAGUGCGAUUUGAAUUUAUGCGAUUUUAUGACCAUACUCACUUAGGACCAUGAAGCUUGUCAACAUCUGGCUGCUUCUGCUAGUGGUUUUGCUCUGUGGGAAGAAACAUCUGGGUGACAGAUUGGAGAAGAAGUCUUUCGAAAAGGCCCCGUGCCCUGGCUGUUCCCACCUGACGUUGAAGGUGGAAUUCUCUUCAACGGUUGUGGAAUAUGAAUACAUCGUGGCUUUCAAUGGAUACUUUACAGCCAAAGCUAGAAAUUCUUUUAUUUCGAGUGCCCUGAAGAGCAGUGAAAUAGACAAUUGGAGAAUCAUUCCUCGAAACAACCCAUCCAGUGACUACCCUAGUGAUUUUGAGGUGAUUCAGAUAAAAGAAAAACAGAAAGCGGGGCUGCUGACACUUGAAGAUCAUCCCAACAUCAAACGGGUGACACCCCAGCGGAAAGUCUUCCGUUCGCUCAAGUACGCAGAGUCGGACCCUGUAGCGCCCUGUAACGACACCCGGUGGAGCCAGAAGUGGCAGUCAUCCCGUCCCCUGCGAAGAGCCAGCCUCUCCCUGGGCUCCGGCUUCUGGCACGCUACCGGGAGACAUUCGAGUAGACGGCUGCUGAGAGCCAUCCCACGCCAGGUCGCCCAGACCCUGCAGGCGGACGUGCUCUGGCAGAUGGGUUACACAGGUGCUAACGUAAGGGUUGCUGUUUUUGACACUGGGUUGAGCGAGAAGCAUCCCCACUUCAAAAAUGUGAAGGAGAGAACCAACUGGACCAAUGAGCGGACACUGGACGACGGGCUGGGCCAUGGCACCUUUGUGGCAGGUGUGAUAGCCAGCAUGCGGGAAUGCCAAGGGUUUGCUCCAGAUGCAGAACUUCAUAUUUUCAGGGUCUUUACCAAUAACCAGUCUGCUUUGUUUAAAGGUAGUUUAAGAUAUGAAUAUAAAUUUCAUUUGGUGCUGUUUAGUGGAGCAGGGUCUGAAACCGAGUCAGGUAAGGUUGCAAAUGAGUAUCUCACCAGAGCUUCUGCUUAUUUUUCUCCGCAGCCUGACUGGCAGCCCUACUUACCGCAGAAUGGAGACAACAUCGAAGUUGCUUUCUCGUACUCCUCCGUGUUAUGGCCGUGGUCAGGCUACCUGGCCAUCUCCAUCUCUGUCAUCAAGAAGGCAGCUUCAUGGGAAGGUGUUGCGCAGGGGCACGUCACGGUCACCGUAGCUUCCCCAGCGGAGUCAAAAAAUGGCGCCGAGCAGACUUCAACCGUGAAGCUCCCGGUGAAGGUGAAGGUCAUUCCUGCCCCACCACGGAGCAAGAGAGUCCUCUGGGACCAGUACCACAACCUCCGCUAUCCGCCUGGCUACUUCCCCAGGGAUAACCUGAGAAUGAAGAAUGACCCUCUGGACUGGAACGGUGACCAUAUCCACACCAACUUCAGGGACAUGUACCAGCACCUGAGAAGCAUGGGCUACUUCGUUGAAGUCCUCGGCUCCCCGUUCACGUGCUUUGACGCGAGUCAGUACGGAACUUUGCUCAUGGUGGACAGCGAGGAGGAGUACUUCCCCGAGGAGGUCGCCAAGCUGAGGAGGGACGUGGACAAUGGCCUGUCACUCAUUGUCUUCAGUGAUUGGUAUAACACAUCUGUCAUGAGGAAAGUCAAGUUUUACGACGAAAAUACGAGGCAGUGGUGGAUGCCGGACACCGGAGGGGCUAAUGUCCCUGCUCUGAACGAACUUCUCUCUGUCUGGAACAUGGGGUUCAGCGACGGCCUGUAUGAAGGGGAUUUUACUUUAGCAAACCAUGACAUGUAUUAUGCGUCAGGGUGCAGCAUCGCUAAAUUUCCAGAAGAUGGCAUUGUGAUAACACAGACGUUUAAAGACCAAGGAUUGGAGGUUUUAAAGCAGGAAACGGCAAUUGUUGAAAACGUACCCAUUUUGGGACUUUAUCAGAUUCCAGCCGAGGGCGGAGGCCGGAUCGUGCUUUACGGGGACUCCAAUUGUUUGGACGACAGUCACCGACAGAAGGACUGUUUUUGGCUCCUGGAUGCACUCCUUCAGUACACGUCCUAUGGGGUGACCCCUCCCAGCCUCAGUCAUUCCGGGAACCGGCAGCGCCCUCCCAGCGGAGCCGGCUCGGCCACUCCAGAGAGGAUGGAAGGGAACCACCUGCAUCGGUACUCCAAGGUCCUCGAGGCCCGUUUGGGAGGCCCGGAGCCUCGGGCUCUGCCGGCCUGUCCGCACCUGUCGUGGGCCAAGCCACAGCCUUUAAACGAGACGGCUCCCAGUAAUCUUUGGAAACAUCAGAAGCUGCUCUCCAUCGACCUGGACAAAGUGGUAUUGCCCAACUUUCGAUCGAACCGCCCUCAAGUGAGACCGUUGUCUCCCGGAGAGAGCGGUGCCUGGGACAUGCCUGGAGGGAUCAUGCCUGGCCGCUACAACCAGGAGGUGGGCCAGACCAUCCCCGUGUUUGCCUUCCUGGGAGCCAUGGUGGUCCUGGCCUUCUUUGUGGUACAGAUCAACAAGGCCAGAAGCAGGCCGAAGCGCAGGAAGCCCAGGGUGAAGCGCCCCCAGCUCAUGCAGCAGGCUCACCCACCAAAGACCCCUUCCGUGUGACACCAGACCAGCUGACCGUGAGAGCCAAAGAGAGCCUUCGAGGACGGCCAUGAGGGGCGGCGGCGCUGGUGGUUUCCUGGGGCAGCCCCACUGGAGAGGGCUCAGGUCUCCAGCUGCAGUGGCAUAGAGUCUGUCUUCAUUGGGCCUUGCAGGGACCUGCGGGAGGGGCUCGCUCGCGGAUCAGCCUCCGGGGAGACCUCCCGCGGCCACGGCACGCACCCGGAGGGGCCCGGGCAGGCUGGCUGGGGGCUCCUGACCCGAGGGGUGCGCCGAGAUACACCAGCGGAAGCCCUGACCAAGCUGAACUGUGCUCCUCAAAGGCUAUUUUCUAUAUUUAUUGUUGGGAAAAGUCACUUUAAAGACUUUUGCUAUUUGGAAGCAAAGCUAUUUUUUUUGUCAGUGGAAUGCGGUUUUUUUUACUAUGACAUCAUGAGGAAUAACACAGAUUCCGUGAUCUCCUUUUUGAUGAAAGGACAGACUGAGAUUUGAAGGAAACUUGCACAGAUCUGUGAAACAUAGACCUUCGCUUUAUUUUUAUAAGUAUCAACUGCCAUCAUGUUUUGUAAUUUGGGGUCUUGAUUUCACCAUUGUCGGUGAAGAGAAUUUUCAAUAAAUACGCAUUAUCUGUAUGAAGCUGAAAA